AGCGGGGAGCGGGGAGCGGGAGUCACUGCGGCUCCGCAGCCGGGCCGGGAACCGCUGGGCAGCCGAGAGGGAGAGGGAGCUCCUGGACGCGGCUGAAGACAGCAGCGAUGUGGAGACUGCAGGAGGAGCGAGUGUCCGGCGUCUGCUCCUUCCUCACCGGGCUCUCGGUGGUCUACUGGGCUCAAAGUGUCAAUGGAAUCGGUAACAUUUCCCUGGUGAAAAGAACAGUGGACAGGUUGCUCAGAGGGUACGACAUCCGCCUCAGGCCUGACUUUGGAGGGUCUCCAGUUACUGUGGGGAUGAGUAUUCACAUUGCCAGCAUAGACAUGAUCUCUGAAGUUAACAUGGAUUACACGAUCACGAUGUAUUUCCAACAAGGCUGGCGGGACAAGCGGCUCUCGUACACAGCCAUCCCACUCAACCUGACCCUGGACAACAGGGUCGCGGAUCAGCUCUGGCUGCCGGAUACCUACUUCCUGAACGACAAGAAGUCUUUCCUGCAUGGGGUAACGGUGAAAAACCGCAUGAUCCGGCUCCACCCAGAUGGCACUGUGUUGUACGGACUCAGGAUCACCACCACAGCUGCUUGUAUGAUGGAUCUACGAAGGUAUCCCCUGGAUCAACAGAACUGCACUCUGGAAAUAGAAAGUUAUGGCUACACGACAGAUGACAUUGUGUUCUACUGGAAGGGAGGGGAUGCAGCAGUAACUGGGGUGGAUAACCUGGAACUGCCUCAGUUCACUAUCGUGGAGCUACGACUGGUGUCGAAGGAAGUGGCUUUUGCAACAGGUUCGUAUCCUCGCUUGUCACUCAGUUUUCGCAUCAAGAGAAACAUUGGAUACUUCAUUCUGCAGACUUACAUGCCAUCAAUCCUCAUCACCAUCCUCUCCUGGGUCUCCUUUUGGAUUAAUUACGAUGCCUCUGCUGCACGAGUAGCCCUGGGAGUUACAACCGUCCUGACCAUGACCACAAUCAACACCCACCUCCGAGAAACGCUCCCCAAGAUCCCAUAUGUCAAGGCCAUUGACAUUUACCUGAUGGGCUGCUUUGUGUUCGUCUUUCUGGCCUUAUUGGAGUAUGCCUUCGUCAACUACAUCUUCUUCGGCAAGGCGCCGACGCAGCAAAGGAAACCAAUGGGAAAAGUCAGCAAGAACAACGCAGAGAGGGGCCGGCUCGCGAACACUGGGAUUGAUGUGCAUGGAAACAUCCUCCUCAGCACCUUGGAACUCAACGAUGAAGUCUUGCCGUCAGAGGUUGCCAGCAGCGUGAGUGAUUCCCGCAAUUCGGUCAUGUCCUUUGAUAGUUCUGGAAUUCAGUUCCGAAGGGUCGGAUCCAGGGACGGCUUAGGGCUUACUGCUAGGGAGCGGAACACAGACCGUGACCUCACCAAGACCCGUCUGCACCGCCGAUCAUCUAAACUCAAGUUAAAGAUGCCAAAGCUGACAGAUGUUAGUGCAAUCGACAAAUGGUCAAGAGUUGUGUUCCCCAUAACCUUUGGCUUUUUCAACAUAAUCUAUUGGCUGUACUAUGUGCACUGACCGAGAGAGGGGGACCUCAGCUCGAGAGAGGGACAGGCAGGUCUCAUGGUCAUGUUAAACCAACUGCCACUGUUAAUGUGACCAGGACUUUGUACACAUGUAAAAAAAGACAUUGGGUGAAAGCCUCAACCUGAACUGGAAUGUUUUGUACAGUUCUACUCCCAGCUGCUCCACUUCCCCUGACAUUGAAACCAUGACUUGCUGGCCUCCGCUCUUCAACUGCAUGCUUAUAAUUUCAAACCGGUACAGACCACUACCUAUAAACAGCUUUCAGAGACUGCUGCGUCCAGUUACAAACUAUCAUGGAAUGACUGAGCUCCCUACAUCUGCACAGCAUGGUUACGGUGAAGUGUCAGGGAGAGUGAGCAGGGAGUAUGUGUGGGUAGGAGGGAUUUGGAACACAAAAAGACCCUGUCUGUACACGCAUAACUAUAGUGAAAGUUGAUUGCUGUUAUCCACUGGGGAAUGUUUGCUGGUUAGAGGGCUAUCAAUGAGGGGUGGGGGAUAGAUGUAAUGGGGAAGGGUUCUGUAGGGUGACAGAUCUACAAACCCAGUUAAAAAGAGUGAAGUGGUUGCAGUGUUGUGGUUGGAGCUUCCUGGAGAGACACUGUUCUCAUCAUCUGAUAACAUACGUGAUCCGGGGCAACAGAAGACAGAAGAGUUGUGGCCUCUGAACAUUGCCAACCAUCUUAACUUGGUUCCAUUCAGGCAAACAAAAUGCAGCUAGUAGAACCACUGCCUCACAGCGCCACAGACCCAGGUUCAAUCCUGACUUCUGGCGCUGUCUGUGUGGAGUUUGCACAUUCUCCCUGUGACCAUGUGGGUUUCAUCUGGGUGCUGCAGUUUCCUCCCACAUCCCAGAGACGUGCAGGUUGGUAGGUUGAUUGAUUGCUGUAAAUUGACCCCACUGUGUAGGUGAGGACUAGAAUUUGGGGGAGUUGUUGGGAAUGUGGGGAGAAUUAAAUAAAAUGGGAUUAAUGUAGGUUUGGAGUCAAUGGGUGGUUAAUGGUCAGUGCGGAGUCUGUAGGUUGAAGGGCCAGUUUCCAGACAGUAUCUGUCUAGGACUCUAUGACCACUUGCUCCUUUAGAAUGUUACCCAUCUUGUUUUGUGCAUCAAGUAACCACCCUGACAAGUACUAAUACAUCCAGACAAACACUAACAUGACCAGACACUCAUCAAACUGGCCAGACAAGUAGGAACAUGUCCAGACACCCACUAAACUGCCUAAAUGAGUGUCAACCUGUCCAGAUAUUUGCUGAGCCAACCAGAGAUGGAGUAACCUGCUUAAGCAAAAGCAACCCAGGAAGAUCAGCAGCAGCCUGCCCAGACAGAUAUUGAUCCAUCGAAACAGUGUAACCCUCUCAGACGGACACUGACCCACUCAGACAGACAUUGACCCAGACAGUGGUUACCAGCACGGACAAAAGCUAACCCACUGAGACGGUGGCGGCCCACCCAGACAAACAUGGCCCCUCCAUUGCCAACAAGCAUCGACUCAUCCUGAUGCCUAACCAGACACCCUGACUGGUCCAUCCAUCCAGGUGUCUGCUGACACACACAAGUACCAAUGAAGAGAUGCAUGGUGCCAACCAUCUCAGACCAGCACUGACUGAUCCAGACAGGAACUUGUCCAGAGGAGCAUCAUGUUUUUCAUAGAGUGACCUGCCCAGACACUCAACAGGACCAGGCCUUCUGAUCCAACCUCCAAUGCCUGGGACAUCUAGAGGUGCACCAACCUAUCAGCCUACAUGCCUACCCAAUGCCCAGAUAACCACUGGCCUGAUCUCACUUACACAAGGACUCACCAACCCUGGUGGAUUACUCACGCAGACAGGUGCCAACCCAUCAAGGCAGAGGAUGAAGUGAACAGAUUCUUUCUUCAUUCAUUGUCUAUUGUAAUUUGCCCCUGUAGUGAGGAGGCAGUUAUGGGACAAUCAUAUGGAUGAGUCUGGAGUCACGCAAGAGGCCAGGCUAGGUAAAGAGAACAGAUUUCCUUCCCAAAGGAAGUUAGUGACCAAGUUGGAUUUUUUAAAAGACCAAAAUGAGCUUUUUUUUGUUUAAAUUCCAGAUUUAUUGAAUUAGUUGAAUUUAAAUUCCCCAGUUGACAUGGUGGGAUUUGAAUU